AUCAGAAUCAACAUUUGGACUUUCAACUCCACAUUUAAAUGAUGGAGAGAAUUAAUUAACUGUGUUUAUAUCUCUAAUUAAUUAACUGCAAAAUUAUCAUGUCUUUUUCCUAUAUACAAAAUAUUAACCCUCAUCACUCUAAACCUUUUUGUGCGCGUUUGUGUACAUCAACCGUCUUCACCUCUUUUUUUUUGAUCUGACCUCCAAUUAUUAUAUUCAACUCACAAGACAAGGUUUACAGCCAUCAUCUUAUAUAGAGUUAUCUCUUUUUUGUAACGUACAAUUCAUUGUAUGGCAGUUGUUGCUGAUGGAAGUUGACGAUUCAAAAAAGCCUGAUGGGUUCGAUGAACUUGUGAAGGCGAUAGAACAAUCACAUAAUGAAUCAGGAAAUAGUAAGAUACAGGAAUCAGUAUUACGGGAAUGUGUUAAAUAUCUCUCUACUAAUCGCUGGGGUCGUCAUUGGUUUUGCGAUAAGUAUAUGUUUCCAAUUUCAACUCAUGCAUUGAUUUUAUUCUCCUUUCCUACGAAUGACGUUUUAAAGAAUCUUAAACCAUUAAUGACAUCUAAUCUUCAGAAUUGUGAGGAGUGUCUAAGUCACUAUAAUAGAGGAAAAGUACAAUUAAAGUGGUCAUUUGCAAAUUCCAGAAAGAUUAGCUUUGAUAAGGUUGAAAAGUUUAUGUCAGUCAUAUUGGAAUGGGAAGUAUCGUGGCUCUUACCCAUCAUGUUACCUGCGGUAAAACUUAUAAAUGAUAAGAAAGACAUAGAGUUGGAUGCAAAUAUAAAUCAAGUCAUACUAUUGUGUCUUUACGGACCUGAAGUCUUACGAUCAAAUUCCACCUUAAGGGAGCAUUUCAUAACUAUUAUAUCUCAUUUACUUUCAAGAAAGAUGAUAAUUAUCCAUCCAAAAUUAUUACCAGGAAUAUUCUAUUUAGCAUUUGAAGGUACACAUCAAGAGAAGAUUUGGUCAAGCUUAUGGUUCAAGUCACUCAUCGAUAACAAGUAUACAGCAAAAGCUUCACUGAUAGAUGAAUCAUUAGUUCAAGAGUUUAGUAUUCAUUUAUAUCGAAUUGAAGAUCCUAAAUUUUUUACAACACCAAAAGCAUUGCUAUUUUGGAAUGUGAUAGAACAAUUACUUUUAGUAGUUGACAACAAUGCUUUCAAAGUCUUUAAUACCCCAAGAGAUUUGGAGGUUAUGAGUAAGCAUAAAAACUUGAGGCUAUAUUCUCUCAUAAGGUUGUUAUUAAAUUAUAUUAUGGCAUAUCAGGUUGUCGCAAUUCCUCAACUUUUUAGAGUUUUGAGCAGUCUAUUGGGUAGAUUUGGAAGUGAAUUCUGGAAUCUUGCUGGUCAAUUACAGUACAAGCAAGUUUUAGAUACUACAUUAGCUAAUGAUGAGUAUAUCAGCCUCUUAAAGACCUCUCCGAUAGAAAGAACUGAUAUCAACGAAUGGACAAUUUACGAAGUUACGGAAUGGCUUUUCAGUAUACUACGCACUUUACCAGACAGUCAGAGCAAGCAUAUCAGUAUAAAAAUUGUGUCAUUUCUAUUUAAAAAUAGUUCAUCAAAAGAUGAGUCGUCAUCUAAUCAAGAUAUAAGAAUUGUCAGAGAGCGGGCAUUACAAGGACUUGCUAUCAGAAUUUUGAACCACAACUUUGAUGACGGUAAUCUACCAGAUUACAAGAAUAAGGACUUCUUGAUAUCUUUGCUUAAGCUAAGAGAAAUCAGAGCAGUAGUGGAACCAUAUAGUGAUGCAAUAGUUGAAUACUCUUUAAAGCUGCUGUCACCUCGAGGAACAAAGCUAAUUUCACAUUGUAUCAAGUAUGAUAUAUCAUUAUUGGCUCAUAAUAGUUACUUGUUAUUGCAAAGUUCUAUUCCUACCUCAUUCGAUACAUAUCCAUUAUUAUGGAAUAGUUUUGUGGCUAGUAAAUUCUAUACCCGUCAAAGCGUAUCUGUGGGAGUUUUAAAGUCCUUGGAAGACGUUGUAUCAGUUACAAAAUUUGUAUCAAGUAAAACUGAAAAUCUUGAUAAACAUCUUUUAAAUGCUAGAAUUCAGCACAACGAAAAUGUCUCCGUUACAUUUGAAUCCUUGACUCAACUUCUUGAAAAGCUUACUUUGACAAACCAAGAAGUCUUAAGAAAUAUGUUUGCCGAUUCAGAGGUUCUACAAUCAUUUUGGUCAUGUAACUUUGCUCCAUUAGUAAACCAAGCUGCUACAGAUGUAUUUUAUGAAGUUUCUGAUUCAGGAGUUGGAAGAUUAGAAGCGAUUCAACAAUUACUUUCCACGUACCUAAAACCAAACUUGGAUGCAAUCCAGGUAAAUAUCAAUGCCAUGAUUUCAAUGGAAGCUUUUGAACCAUGUCCAAAGGGUGUUAGGAUUGUAAUGGAUAUUUUGAAGGCUUUAAUGGAUCCAUCGAUUGGUGUGUGUGUUAUGAAUCCAGAUGCUGUAAAGUAUUCGGAAGAUAUUAUAUCCGUUUGGAAAACCUGUUGGUACUUCAUGCUGAUGAUCUACAAAAAGACAUUUGAGUGGGCUUCACAACAUCACUUAGAAGAGUUGGUUGAGUUCACUAGAGAUGUUUUGGACUGCAGUCAUGUAUUAUUUGAUUCAUACAGACAAAUCAUACAGAAUGUUGAAAAUCUGAACGAUAGAUGGAAUCAAUUAUUCAAAGUAUUUAUGAAUGCUUUGGAUAGUGCAGUAUUUUGGUUACGAUUGGGAGAUCCGUCGUUAUUAAAUUCUUGUUUGAGUUUGAUUAUAAUGGCAUUUUCGUUAGCGAAUGAAUUGAACUUUAAUAUAGAUGAAAAUUUCAUAGAAUCAUGUGCAAAGUUCGGUGUCAAAUAUAAAAGGUUUAACAAUAAGUUGAACGACCAACAAAGAAAUGAACUUUUGUCAGCAUCUAGAAGCUUUAAUCCUUCUGUUGUCGAAAGAAUUGAGGAAGAAUUGAAAGUUCUGAGAUCUAAAUCAGCAACUCCAGUAAGAGAGGUUAUUGAAUUUUUAUCUGAUGAAGAAUCUGCUCCAAAGAACAAAUCUUUGAAACAACUGACUCUUAGCAAAUUUGUUGAUUUUACGAAGGAGAUACCAGUGGCACCAGAACCCAAAAAGGUGAAAUCAUCCAGUCUUGAUGCAAUUCGUAAAGACUUACAAUCUUCAAGAGUGCAACAGAAGAAACCAGUUGCUCCGAUAGUUGCUCCUGCUCCACCAAGACCAGCUGGAUUUAACUCCAAGAGGGCGCACACUCCUGUUUCUGUUGGCCGUCCCAUGAGGCCUCAGAAAAAGCAAGUCGAGUCUGAUAGUUCUGACGAUGAAUCUGAUGUUGAUAUGUCUGAUUUAUUUUAUGAUUCUCGUAAAGGUAAGAAGAAGACUGUUACUGAAGUUGAUUUCAAUGGGAGACCAAUUGUGAAAGAGAAGUCAGUAAUCGAUCAGAGAAAGAAAGAUGAAGAAAAUAUGAGGGCAAGACUUAAUGUGAGCUUAAAGCCACUUUAUUCUACGAUUUUGAAAUGGAACUAUAAUUCAAACGAUGAAUUUCCCUCCCAGGAUUUAUCUAUAUAUCAAUCAACAAAAGAUGAAUAUGAGGAUGCCAAGGAUUAUGUUAAACUGACAGAGCCGUUGUUCGUGUUAGAAUGUUGGCUGCAAAUUCAGUCAGUAAAAAAUACAACUAUUGAAACCCCAUUCGAGAUUCAGAUAGGUAGUAGGACUACUGUCGAUGGAUUUUUUGACGUUUAUGCGUCAGUUAAAAAGUCUGUCAUUUCGGAUCGUAAGAUUGGAGAAACCGAUCUAUUGGUACUAGGUGUCAAGACUGGUAUUUCCAGUACCGAUUAUGGCAGAUAUUUGAAGAGUCCAAGCACAAGGACCUGCCUUGCUAAAGUAAGGGAAAUAAAAUCUGCUAAUAGUGAAUAUUUUGAUAUCACCAUUAGAGUCUAUCCUUCAGGGCCAAUGAUGGGCGUCUUAACACCAAAAUCGGAAAUCUUGGCCAUGAAAGUAAUGCAAAUGAUUACGGUUGAAAGAGAGUUCACUUCAUUAAAGGGAUUAGAAUAUUAUGAUCUUUACGAGGAUAUCUUGAAAGCUGAAACAAGUGUUGCCUUAAAUAUCUCUGACACGGAUGCAUCAAAAAUAUUAGAUACAUAUGACUUAAACUUAUCACAAGCUAAGGCUAUCUUAGGAAGUUAUAAUUCUAAAGGUUUUUCAUUGAUCCAGGGGCCACCAGGUACCGGUAAAACAAAGACUAUUCUUGGGAUUGUUGGAUAUUCAUUAUCUCAUCAACAGAAAGAAAAUGUGAUAUCCCUUCCGGACCAAAAGAGGGCUGCAUCUCCUGCUUUGUCAUCAAAUCCACAAAAGAUCUUAGUUUGUGCACCAAGUAAUGCUGCUGUUGAUGAGUUAGUAUUACGUUUAAGAGAUGGGGUUAAAAAUAGCGAAGGUAAGCCUAUGAAUCCAAAAGUUGUUCGGUUAGGAAGAAGUGAUGUUAUCAAUGCUGCAGUCAGAGAUUUGACUUUGGAAGAACAGGUAGAAAAAGAGCUUCUGGCUAGAUCUUCAGACUUUAAUGUAGAUCCAAGUAUUAGACAAGAGCUUUCCAAAUGCCUGGAAGAGAUGAAAAAGGUUGAACUCAAAAGACAAGAGGAAAAUUUAACUGAGGAGGAAGUCGCCGUACUAGAAACAGAUUUUCAUCGGUUGAGAAAACAAAAGAGUCAAUUAGCUCAGAAGUUAGAUGAUCAGAGAGAAAAGGCAUCUAUAGCUUACCGUACAAGAGAAUAUGAAAGACGGAUGAUGCAAGCCAAGGUUUUAAGCGAAGCUCAAAUCAUAUGUUCAACUUUAUCUGGUUCAGCAGUUGAUAUGUUAGCUAAUCUAGGACUCAAGUUUGAACAGGUUAUUAUUGACGAGGCAUGUCAGAGUGUUGAGUUAUCAGCUAUUAUUCCAUUGCGUUAUGGUUGUAAGAAAUGUAUCAUGGUUGGGGAUCCAAACCAACUUCCACCAACCGUGAUUUCCAAAGCAGCAGCAAACAAUAAAUAUGAUCAAUCUUUAUUUGUUAGAAUUCAACAGAAAAAUCCAGAGUCAGUAUAUCUUUUAGAUGUUCAGUAUAGAAUGCAUCCAGAUAUUUCAGCUUUUCCAAGCCGUGAGUUCUAUAACUCAAAGUUACUUGACGGUGAAGGAAUGUCAGAGAAGAAUGAAAGGCCAUGGCAUAAAGAUGCCCCUUUGUUACCUUAUCAAAUAUUUAAUAUAAUAGGUGCACAUGAACGUAAUGAACUUUCUCGUUCAUUGUUCAAUAUUCGAGAGGCUACCGUAGCAUUAGAACUAGUGGAAAAAUUAAUUAAUAAGAUGUCAGAAGACUUUUCUGGACGUAUUGGUAUCAUUUCUCCUUAUAAAGAGCAGAUCAAAACAAUAAAGAAUGUGUUUAUUAAGAAAUAUGGAAAAUUAAUAUUGUCACAAAUAGAUUUCAACACUGUCGAUGGUUUCCAAGGUCAAGAAAAGGAGAUUAUUAUAAUGAGUUGUGUCCGAGCAAGUGAAACUGGUAAUGUCGGUUUUCUUUCUGAUAUUAGACGUAUGAAUGUUGCGCUCACAAGAGCCAGGACAACUUUAUGGAUCCUUGGAAAUACUGAGUCUUUGAGCAGAAAUGCUGUUUGGAAAAGACUUAUUGAAAAUGCAAAAGAAAGAAAUCGCGUGGUACAAGCAGUUCAUGGUUUCUUAAGUGUCAACCCUACUAAGAGAAAGAUUGGAAUCGAUAAAGCCGAAAAUCCAAAAAAACAGAAGAAUGAAGUGACACCAAUGAAUUCGAGAAAUGUUCCUGCUAAUUCAACGGCGAAACCAAAUGUUUACAACUAUUCUCGAGUUGCGGAUACAUCAUAUGGAAGAAGUACACCACGACCAGUAGCACCUCGAGGUGCGUCAGGGCCAAAAUUAGGUAAAGGUGAUAAUACAAUAUCAUCGCAAAGCACAACUGGUCCAAAGAUAAGUAAGUCGGGAGUACUUCCCUCUAUGACACAGUCUAAGCCAAUAAAAGUAGUCCAAAAGGAAGUUCCUGAAAUCCCUAGCAAGCCCGCAAAUGACGAAAAAUUGGCCCCAUCUAAGUCAGGAUAUUUACCACUGAAUGGUAAGAUAGUGGUACCGACUACUACAGCACCUGUCACAUCCACUUCAGGAAAGAUAACAAAGAAUCCUGUGGUUCCAACUUCAUCUGGUACAAUAAAACCACCACCAGCAAAAUCACCUCCAAGUAUUUUUAUCCAAAGAAGACGUCCAAAUCCCAAGAAAUAGACGCCAUCUACAUAUUUAUUACAAUUAACAAAUAUACAAUUAUGCAUUUAUUUAUG